GCGUUCGUCACUCCGACACUGCGAAGAUGAGGCUGAUCUCGACGCGGGACUGGGAGGACCCGACCUUCCAGCAGAAGACGGGCGAGCCCCCGCCGCCGGAGGAGUGGCCCGCGCCGAGGCCCGUGAAGGACCACGGCAAGGGCAAGGGCGCCUCGAAGGGCAAGUCGGAGAACCGGCCUGUCUGGAACGACCGGAACGACCGCGACAAUCGGGGCAGGCAGAGCUGGAGCGACAGGGACAGCCUUGCCGUGGUGACUUGCGACUCUCGUGGAUGGGGCCUGUACCGUCACGGACGGUAG